UCCUAGAGAAGCUUGCGCACAGUGCGCACUUGGCCAGAGUACUGAGGUGAAGACUGACAUGCACAGAUGGGAAUGAGAUGGGAACUUUUGCCUUUGCAAUUUAAGAAUGCAACAGACAAGUAGCCUGUGAACGGACUUUAUACAGUUAACAACACAUCCACUUUCCUUAUAAUGCUACUUGGUCACUACUUUGUUGGGUUGCGCGCGCGUUAUUCUGGCGUUAUAAUGAUAGUCUCUUCAACCUGAGGCGUUUUCAUGGACAUUGGGGACGGUUAUUCUUCCUUCUUACAACAAUACUUUCUAACUUAUAAUACAAAUUCAGUUUCAAUACAGUGAAUGUGAGUUACUAAAUAUAGUCAAGUUUAUCCCAAAGUGAAGUAAUUAUGUUUUUCAUAACCGCCAGUUGUCAAGUAGGUAAUGAAGCGCGAUGCUGUGAGCGUAGGUGUGCACUGAUGAGAACGGUUAGAUUGUGAGUCUCGUGCCUCGAGACAUUUAAAGGUGACAAAAAGUAAUUUUUUCCCAAUUUCAACAAUGUUUUCUGGGAACGUGAGCAGUGAAGACCUGCUCACUUUACUGCACGAGGACUGGCGCGACUCUCCGGUGGAGACGCUCUCUCGUGCGGGAUUCAUCGCCCUGUCAGUGAUGCUGGGACUCAUUAUGACUUUUGGUUUCUUCAAUAACCUGAUCGUCUUAAUCCUCUUCUGCAAGUUUAAAAUGCUUCGGACCCCGGUGAACAUGCUUCUUUUGAACAUCAGCGUCAGCGACAUGCUCGUGUGCGUGUUCGGCACGAGCCUGAGCUUCGCCUCAAGUGUGCGGGGACGGUGGCUGCUUGGGCGGCGAGGGUGCAUGUGGUACGGAUUCAUCAACUCCUGCUUUGGCAUCGUGUCCUUGAUUUCCUUGGUGGUUCUGUCCUACGACCGCUACAGCACAUUAACAGUGUACCAUAAACAUGGCCCAGAUUAUCGCAAACCUCUGCUGGCAGUAGGGGGGUCCUGGUUAUACUCUUUGAUCUGGACUGUGCCCCCUCUUCUGGGCUGGAGCGGUUAUGGGUUAGAGGGGGCAGGAACCAGCUGUUCUGUGUCGUGGACCCAGCGCUCGGCCCAGUCACAUGCCUACAUCAUCUGCCUUUUUAUUUUCUGCUUGGGUCUACCAGUGCUCAUCAUGAUCUACUGCUAUGGAAGACUGCUAUACGCUGUCAAACAGGUCAGGAAAAAUCGCAGGACGGCAGCCCGUAAAAGAGAGUACCAUGUUUUGUUUAUGGUCAUCGCCACCGUGGUGUGCUAUCUCCUGUGCUGGAUGCCAUACGGCGUUGUGGCCCUGAUGGCUACGUUCGGCCGGCCAGGAACCAUCUCACCCGUGGCCAGCGUGGUUCCCUCUCUCCUCGCCAAAAGCAGUACAGUUAUUAACCCUCUAAUAUACAUCCUCAUGAACAAACAGUUUUACAGGUGUUUCCUGCUCAUGUUUUGCUGUCAGAAACCACGGGUUGAGAACGGUCACUCCAUCAUGCCCUCAAAAACCACAGUCAUCCAGCUUCGCAGAGUCUAUAGCAACACAGUAGCCUGCACUGCACCGAUCUCCACUGGAGCCCAUACCCAUGAGUGCAGCACCCCCGUUACAGAAAAAACCAAUCCACCCCAAGUCAUCACCUAACUAUCACAAACCAGCUGUCAAAUACUGUCACUGUAUGAUCUCUGCUGUCAUGAUGUUGAGAAAACUCAUGAACAGGGUGGACAAUGGUUGGCAUUGUUGUGUUUAAAUGAAUGUACUGUAGCUGUUUAAUCUCAUUCACUGUGUGUUUGUCUUGACAGUAAUGACAAAUUCUCUAAUGAACUUUUAUUCAGUGAGUUGUUUAUCUUAAUUAUGCUACUUUAUUUAUGUUGAGCUUGGAUGUGCAGUGAAAGCACAGACCGAGAACAUGUAUAUCUGGAAUGCACUUUGAAAAAAGACGCCUGAUAAUACACUGUAAAAAAUAUUCUGUAGAAAUUACAGUAUUACUGGGUAUUACUGGCAACUAGCUGCCAGUAAAUUACUGUAGAUUUUACAUUUAUGUUAUUUACUGUCCACAGUUUGUUCAAAGUUAAAUGAACAUGAAACAUUUUCAGUCUUUUUCUUCUACAUUAAGUUACUGGCAACCAGCUGCAUAAUUACAGCUAUUUUUUUACAGUGUAUGCAUCAAUGUAAACGGUUAAUUUUACAUUGAGUGUAUUUCAAAAAGCGUUUCAUAAUGAUGUUCAGAAUGACCCACAAUUGGAAAAGAAUGCAAUGCUAAUUGAAAACAGAGGAGCAAAUUAAAGUUAAUUUAAGGUCAAGUGCAUUGUCAAGAAUAAUUAUGCUGUUCAGAGUGCUAAAGAAAAAAAUCACAUCUUUUGUAUUUUGGCAGCACUUCCAAGUUCCCCACUGGAAGACACUUUAGGUCUCACAUGAGUUUUAUUAACCAGUUUUGGUCCAUUUUAAAACUUUGCCAUGUGAAAGCGUACCGAACCAAAAAGAAAACUGUAACUAACAUUGUAAUUAUUAGGGCUGCAACUAACGGUUAUUUUCAUAAUCGAUUAAUCGGGCGAUUCUUUUUUCGAUUAAUAAGAUAAAAACCUAAAUAAUCAAUUAGAUUAUUUACUUACGGCACAAAAUUAGGGUACUCACAUGAGCUGCAAAAUAGAGGUCGACCGAUAUGGCUUUUUCUCUGGCCGAUGCCGAUAUUUAGAAUUCAGGGCAGCCGCUGGCCGAUAUGUUUGGCCGAUUUUCUAUAUGUACAUAAUAAUCAAAAUGUUCUCAUCAUUAGCAGAUAUUUUAAAUGUAAAAAUGUCACUAUUUAAGUCAAAGUAUUUAAAAAAAGUAUGACUGGUCUUUCUGAAGAGUUUUACAACCUCCUCUGCACCAUGCAUUUAUCACAGAUAAAUUAGACACAG